GCGGAUGUGACGUCAGAUGCAGCGGCCUGAGGCGGCGGCUGUUUGAAGCGGCGGCGAUGGCGGAUGAGGUGCAGUGCAGGAAUAUUAAAUGAUUUCAAAGAUGAAAAGGAAAGUGGCCAGACCUGGAAGGUUUAGGCUUAGUCCUAAUGAAGAAGCAUUGCUGUUGAAAGAAGAAUAUGAAAGAAGAAGAAAAUUAAGGCUGCAGCAGGUUAGAGAGCAGGAGAGAAACAUUGCUUUGCGGAUAAGGCAAGACGUUAAGCAACGGAGAGACGAACAGCUACAUCAUUUGGCAGAAGAACUGAAAGCAGAGUGGCAGAAAGAGCAAGAGGAGAAGAUUAAAGCCUUGGAAAAGCUUUAUCUGGCAAGCCUGAGAGCUAUAGGAGAGGGGCAUAGACAGGCAAAAGAAAACAAACCUGAUCCAGAGGCUCAGGCAAAGCAAAGGGAAAGGAAAGCAAGAGCAGAAAAGAGGCAUAAAGAAGCCCUAAAGGAGCAGAAGAACGAGAAACAGAAGUUGCAAAAGGAGCAAACAUGGAGGGCAAAUGCACGGAAGCAUGCAUUAAAAAUAGAAAAAGAGAGAGCAGCGAAAAUUGCAAGCCUGCCUCCACCUCCACCCCAUCCUUUUGAAAAUAUUGAGCUGAAGAGCAUGCCUACAGUGAAAGUCUAUGAUGGUGACAGUUUUGCAGUUAGUCAUCACCACUUUUUUGAACCAUAUGUGGAUAGAGAAAUGGACAUAGAACAGCCAGACGCUCGGCUACUUGCUGAAGAGGAAACCAAACGUCAGGAAGGACUACAGAACGAAGAAGAAAGGGAAAAGAGAGAGCAGCUGGAAAAAGCUCAUCUGAGAGGCAAGGAAGCCUUGAAGAUGGUUCGUCUGGCACGAGACAGGGAAAAACUGCUGGAAGAGCUUGAACAGAUGCAGACUAUGGACCUGGCACGGAGGAGACAGAUAGUUGCACAGAUGCCACCUCAGCUGUUUGAACCAGGCUACAGACGGGUGGAAAUUAGGGAAGAAUGGCAGAGGGAGCUGGAGUGUGCCUUUGAAGACAUGUAUACUGGAGACAGGAAAAUGCGAGGAGACCUCAUUCUCCACCUUGACCCACAGCCUUUACCAACCUUCUCGGAUCACUCUCAGGAUGAUGAACUGGAUCUUUCCCAGGAGCCAGGAGGUGUGCCGUCAGCACUGGGCGCUGGGCAGGACACAGAGCCAGGCAAUGUUGAAGUAGAAAAGGCACCCGAGACUCAGUCAAAACUAGCUUUAAAAAAAUUGCUAAGCAAGAUUAGGAACCAGAAAGAUCACUGGACAUCAAGAUGUGAGCCGGCACCUCCAAGUGAGACAGAGACAAUUGAGUCAGGAACGAUUUCUAGUAAAGAGAGAAGAUUAUGUGAAUCGGAAGUUGAGGAUGAACCAAACCAUGAUCCUGCCCCUGAAACACAGGAGGUGCCAGAAAUCUUGGAUCAAACUGUUCUUGCAGGAAAUGCUGUUGUAAGUCACUCACAAGAACAAACAACCAAGAUUGAAAAGGAUGCAGAAAGACAAAAACAGAUGGAGUGGCUGGAGCACCAAAAAGCGGAGCAGCUGGCGUUGCUUCAACAAAUUGAAGAACAGAAGAUUCAGCUAGAGGUUGAUUUGCUGAGGGCCCGAAUGCAGGACCUGGAGGGAGAAGUGAAGACAGAGCAGGGAAAGAAUGCACAGCAGUCUCACACCAUUCGGAUGAAUGAGAAGGACCCUGCUGUGGACCAGCAGCAGAUAUUGGAACUGAAGUUGGAAACUGCCACAGGAACACAGACGGCCAGCAGUUCUGGAGUGGACGAUCAUAUGCAGAUGAUUCGUGACUAUCAGCAGCGUCUGCUUAUGCAAAACAGGAUGCACAAAGAGUCAGUUGACGAAGCCCGAAAACGUUUACAGGAGUAUCAGAACAAGCUAAAACAAAGAUACCCAUCUGUUUCUGCUGCGUUGUUUGGUUCUGCUGCUCCAAGUCUUGGACGCCUAAACUCUGUUCCUGAAAUGUCAUUGCUGUUACAAGGAUCUGACACCUCUCAGAGAGCUGGUCAAACAGAACAUUUGCUUUCUGAAAAUGUUCCCAGUCGAGAGUUCCCUCAGCUGGUUGGCUAUUCAGAACUUUCUCGGAGGUUGGAAGAGCCCUUGGAGCCGAAAGACAUGGAGAAAAUGCUUGAUAUGGCUAGUAAGGAGUACAUCCAAACAACAAAUGCCCAAGUUAAUCAAAGACCUCUUCAGCCACCCCAGGCUUCUGGUUCAUGCCAAGAGGCCGAAAAAACAAGUCCAGUGGGGACACCUGCCACACAGACAUUGGAAUUUAAUGGGGUUCCAGGAUCAUUCAUGCUCAAGACACAGGGCACUUCUGCUAAAACGGAGCCAGUGCUGCCUGUGCGGCAGGUCCAGUUCACUUUGCCUGCAGACACGUCUCCUGAGCCUUCAGAAACUUUAUAUCCUUACAGACUAGAACCUUGUGCAGCUCUAAAAGAAAAGACUCCGUUGCCAGUGUCCUUACAUGACAUGCUGACAGAGAACACAGCCACGUUUGACCAGACUCGCCAGCCUCCUGUUCAGCCUUUGCCUUCCCCUCUGGCUAGUGAAGCUGAGAGGGGGCUCAAGGAACUAAGAAGCGGAAGUGCCUCCUUAUCCAGCUAUUCCGAUAUAGUAGAAUUACGGGACAGGAUGCUGGCUUCUUCCAAGAGCAUCCAAGCACAACAGGAGCACUUGAAGGAACUGCAGGAACAGCUGGAUGAACAAAGGGAAGCUCUUCUUUCUCGGCAGAGAGUGCAGGAGGACUUGCUCAUGCGCAACCAUGCGCAGUUGAAAAAACAGAUGGAGCAGCAGCAAGAGGAGUUAAAGGUCUUCCUUCAACAGGCAGGGCAGUCCAGCACAUGUGGAGAGAUGACGCCACAGGCACGAGAGCCUGACAGCUUCAGUCUGUUAGCGAUACUUACUAAAGAAGCCGAAUCCAGCAACCAAGAAGAGACCGAGUUUCAUCCUAUGAGCAGCUGUGCUGAAAACAAUUUUUUGUUUCCAAGCAUUGGUUCAUCAGAGCAUAUCGAGCCAUUUCAAAGUACUUGGAGACGAGAACCGAAAUGGAGACCUUUGAAACCACCUUUGGCAAAAGUCAGGCUAGGGCUUGAUUUGGAACAGCAUGAACUUAGCGCUAUACAAGAGCUUGACACACCAAGGAGCAGCCGGCUUUCUGCUACAGGUUACAGAGAAUCUUCAAAUGCUGGUGAGCUUCAGUCUGAUGAUCACCCAGAUGAAUCUCGCCAUGAAGAAACUAAUAUAUUAAGAAUUACAGCUGAUGCCGAAGAACAACGUUCUAGUGGAAGUCUCAGGAGCCAGUUAAGAGGAUCAUGGCAUGAGAAGUGGGUGAGAGAAGCUAGUAACUUGCAUGAGCCAGUUCACUCAAGAGAACAUUCUCUUAUGGAUCAAAGUUUACCAAGUUACGCUGCUGACACUGGAAGGCAACUAGCUCUGUAUCCUGGUUUGUCGUUUAGACCAAAUGAUAUGGUAGCCCUUAAUACAGGAAGGUCCCCUGGUUCCCACACUCAUGCAGAAGGCGCAGCUCAGAGCUAUCUGUCUUCACCUACUAUUUCUACUGGCAGCUUUAUAAACCAUGAAAAGCCAGAGAGAGGCUUUUCCAUCGCAGGGUUGUCUUCUGCUAGAGAACAGCCUAUGCAUUUUAGCUCUCCUGUGAAAGAGAAGGCAAACACCUGUUGGGACCCUUCAGUUUCUUCACUGUAUAAGCAGAAUGAUGCGCCUGACACUCCAGCCUCUCAUUUUCCUUUUGGAGAAGGGCUUCACUCAAACAGUAAAAUCCAGCAGAUCAUAGAUAAAUACACAAAAGACUUGAGCUGGUCUCUAAGCAACGUAUCUUCUCAUGAUCUAGCAAUUGGGCUUGAUGUUGCUAAUAUUGAGAGAAAUUCUCCACUGGAACUUUUUCAGCCUUUGGAACCCAGUCCAGACUUUGAUAACUUUUCGUCUCUUUCUGAACAUAGGUUUUCUCAUGACAGCAAGAACCUCAGCAAGAGUUCAGAUUUAUCUAGGAGUUGUGAAUUACCAAUUUCCAGCUUGGAAGAAAGAAGUAUCAGCCUUUCUUUCCUUGCUAUAGAAAAACAAGGCAAUAUUCUGCAAACAAAAGAGGCUGAGGAGACAAACGAGCAAAUUGAAGGUGUUGAAGACUUUUACAAACCUCUCCUUGUGAAAGCAACUUUAAAUAAGCUUAACCAGAGUGCUGAUGAACCUGUGGACUUGACUGAUAUGUCUGAACACACUACAUCUGAGCGACUGAGAAAAUCUAUGGAGAAUAUGUAUAUUUCACCUGACCAUGUACAGUAUGAGGCACUGGAAGAAGAUGAGGAGAAGGUCAAUCCCCUUUCUCCCAUUGAAAACUUUCGUAGUCCGAGUCCAGUAGAAGGCCGCAACUCGUUUUAUCAGCUUGUUCCCGAUUGUGGUUUGCUGAAAAAUGCUGUUGGGGUAAAAGAGGAUGUGCUAUCCAGAGAAGAAAACCUGUGUUUUGUUGAACUGCCUGUUGCCUCAAGUGACCCAAAGUAUGAGACAGUACCAGAAAUUGCGAUUAUGAGUGAAGACAGAGAAAUGGAUCGCUUUCAGUGUACUUCAUAUAGUAUGAGAGAACAUAGUACUCUGAGAACAGAGACACUGCUGAAUUCAGUUCCAGAAGCAAGCUCUGAAAUCCCAGUCAGUUGUAUGCAAAAUUCUGUGCAGCAAAAUGGCUGUGUGCCAGAUACGUUUCAGAAGUCAGGCUCAAGUACCACUCAUGCUAGAAGCUUUGGUUCCUGUUUACCACAGAGCAGCGUACCAGUUUGGGAGCGGCAGACAGGGAGAGGCAUUAUGGAAGAGCCUGAAUUGACUCUCAUCAGCUCCAAUGACGUCAGUAUUGCAGGCUCAGACUUGGAGCCUCUUAAUCAAGCAGAUACGAGGACAGAAGAAACGGAACUCCUGUCACGUAGGAACCCUCCUGAAGCUAAAAACCCUCUGCAGAGCAGAGGGUUUUUACCUUUAAAUGCAGAAGUGAAUGACUCCGUUUCCACUCAGCCUAAUGACUGUCCUCCAGUAGCUCAAAGUCCCAGAGAGGAUUGGUGUCAAAACCCAAAGCCAAAAAUAACGUUUUUAGAGUUUCCAUCUUCGCCUGGCAGCUUACAAGAAUCCUUUUUGAGACGGAAGAAAAAAUUCAUCGAGGAAUCCUCUAAAAGACUGGAGAUACUUAAAAGCAGACAGCAGCAUUCUGCAAAGCCUCAAGUGAAGGCCCCCCCACAAAGAACGAAGAAACUUCAUAAACCAAAAGAGAACACUAAUCCCUCCGGAGCAGCUGUGAGUCGUUUGAAGAAAGUGGAGGAAGUAAAAGUGUGCUCCCCAGAAGACAGGAAGAAGGCUGAAAUGGAAAUGCAGCAGCGUACUUCAAGAUUGUAUAAUAAUCUAGCCGAAGUGAAAAUCCGCAAAGAAGAGAGAGAGAGACGAGAGAUUUAUGCCAAAAACCGGGAAAAGGCAAAGGAGUUUCAGAAGAAAACACUGGAAAUACUACGAGCCAAAAAAACAUGCUAAAAGAAUGUUUCGGAAGGCGUCUUGGAAAUGGAAGUUCAGCACAGGAUAAAAAGACUUGUCAACUUUGCAUUGAUAUAAUUAUGUGCAAUUAAGUGCCAGUUUGAUAUUUAUAAUUUAAUUUCAGUUGGACAAUGGGGCAGCAAAACGAGAUCAGUACAGACUGAUGUUUUUAGUUUGCUUUGAUUAUGGCUUUUUAACCAGACUGUAUAGUUCUUUUUUUAGUGUAGCAUACUUUUUUAUUUAUCUAAUAAAAUAAUUUGAAAUUUUA